UACACGCAAGAAUGUAAUCCCGCCGGUGUUCUUCCAGUAGGCUAUGUCUUUUCUCUAGUCUGUCCAUUUUCUUUUCGUUUUCAUUUUAUCCGCGUUUUAUUGUAGGCUAUUUCAGUCGCAAAUGCUACCAAGACCCUGUAAACCGCACACAGAGAUGCGAAGUUAUUAGUCGAUUAGUGAUUCAGUACUUUGUUAUCCAGGAUCCAGGUGUUUGGUUUCGGUACCCCCCCCCCCCCCCCCCCCCCCCCCGACAAGCUAGGCUAUAUGCAGCUACAGAAAGCUUUUGUGCUCUUGUUUUCUUAAACGGACCUCUAUAAUACAGAACAAGAGGACAAUACGCAUAAAAAAACAUUUUGUGCGUUCGCCUAGGUGAUUUGAAAACAGGAUGUUUUUUAAAUCGAACAUAUUGGUCAUCGCUGUUUUGACUCAUUUGGGCUUUCGGACAUGUGACGCACAAGUGUGCGGCUACGCCCCCCUGGGUAACAGGAUUGUGGGAGGGACGGCGGCACCAGAAGGGGCGUGGCCUUGGCAGGUGGACAUCCAGAUGGACGGAAACCACGUUUGUGGAGGAACCAUCAUAACUAAAGACUGGGUGCUGUCUGCAGCUCACUGCUUCCCGGAGCCGUCCAAGGUGUCGUCGUAUGUGCUUAACCUGGGCAGGCAGACGCUCAACGACUGGAACACGUACGAAGUGCACCGGCCGGUGCUGCGGGUGGUGGUGGCGCCGGGGUACAGCAGCCCAGAGGAGGGGCGGGACUUUGCGCUGGUGCAGCUGGCCACGCCCGUCGAUUGGACAGACCGCAUCCAGCCCAUCUGCCUGCCGGACGCCGACGUUCUGUUCCCCAGCGGCACCCUCUGCUACGUCAGCGGCUGGGGGUACAUCCAGGAGGGGGUGCCUCUGGCGGGCACCGGGCCACUACAGGAAGUGGAGGUGCCGAUCAUCGCGCAGUCUUCCUGUCAGUCGAUGUACCAGCUCCAGCCGCCGGCCGACCGCGUGGACAUCCUGUCCGACAUGAUCUGCGCGGGCUUCCAGGAAGGGGGCAAAGACUCCUGCCAGGGGGAUUCUGGGGGACCUCUCAUGUGUACCAAGAACCGGACGUGGGUGCAGGCCGGGGUGGUGAGUUUCGGCCUGGGCUGCGCCAAGCCCAACCAGCCGGGCGUCUACGCCAGGGCGACGGCCUUCUCCAGCUUCGUCCAGCGCACCGUGCCCGACAUCCAGCUGUUCAGCCGCGGCGCCCCCAGCUGGCCCGGCGCCGCCAGGAAGGCGCUGCUCGCCGCGCUCGUCUCCCUGGCCCUGCUCCCGCUGGCUCGCUGAGCGCCGCUUCGUCCGCCGUUUCGUCUGCUGCCCCGCACUGCGCAGUCCGUGCCAACCAUUCGCCGAGGGCCCGAAGCAGCAAGUAUAAAUAUGUUGCUGCUGGUUGCUAUUCUAUUUGUAUAAUAUCAUCAGAACAAAAAAAUGAUUAUUUUUUAUUAAUGGCCUAAGUGGCACCUUGCGUGCCGUGUGUAAAGAGGUUAUUUCUCCGGUUUUUCUUGGUUUUGUUUGAUUGACGCUUCAGUAGAUCAUGCUUACUCUGAUGCUUGGCGCUGCCCAGGGUCUCCCAUCUCUUGGCUAUGUAUUGCAGCGGUGCCCCAGACACAAUUGUCUGUAGAUUUUCAUUCUUGGUGCCCACAGCUGGGCUAUAACAUGUUAAAACCUGUUCAUCUGCCUAUUGGUUUUACAAAACCUGAAGUGUUUGUCCAUAAUUUUUCAGUUUUGGUGGACGUGGCAACAUCUGUGGUGACUGGUGGUCACAAAAGGUUAUUUUCACACUCCAAAUACCUGAGUUCCAUUCGAAACAAAGCUAUAUUGGGGCACAUCGAGUGCUUAUUUUUCUUAGAGUAUAAUCCAACGGAUGUGUAUUUUGGAGAAAACUGCCUAGAGACCACUAACUAUGUCCUCUGAGAUGGUACUAUUGAGCAACAUGUAAGACUCCUUUCGGAUUUUAGACACUUUCUCUCUAACAGUCGGCAUGCAAGUUCCUGUGCGUGCAUCAUCACGUUUCAAUACUUGGUAGGAUUGCAAAUAAUAUUGAACCAAAUGGCAGGAUUGCAAAUGGUAUUGAACCAGACACCACCAGUGGAAAAUAGCAUAUAGAGGAGCAAUUACAGAAGGCAAACACAUUGAAUCGAUAUUGCUACAAAAAUACCAUUGUAAAAAGGCAUCAAACAUGCCAUUUUUUAAUAUGAAAAAAGUAAGGACGGACAUUUUAAAGAUUGUGCAAUAUGCAAAGAUUUACUUUAAAUUUAAAUGUCUUUGAAACUCCUUUGUGUUUGCUCUGUAAAACACCUUGUUGAAGAUGAAUUUUAUUUUUACUGAAUUUACAACUUCAGUUGUAGUACCGUAAUACCGGUGGCAAUGCUCUUUCAAGGGAAUUAUAUUCAGAACAGCAUGCAGAUGUUUGGCUUUUUAGUGGAGUAGAACCAACCAAAACGAGCCGAGAGCAUUUACUGGUUUAAAGGGAUAGUUGACUUCCUGGGAUUUGUUAAUAUGUUUUUGUUUAAAAAAAAAAAAAAAAAAAAAAAAAUUUAUGUUUUUGAUUGGCCCAAAUACACUUCAGGGAACUCGAAAGCACAGACUUUUUAUUUGAAUUAUUAUUUUUAUUAUUUUUACUCAGUUAUAAACACAUGCAUCAGUUUUUAUAUCCUGCCAGUACUUCUUUCUUUGAGCGCAGUGGUCUCAGGCUGCAUAUGGCAAAAGAAAUAGUUCCUAAUGAAAAAAAAAUCAUACAGAAUGUUUCUAAGAAUAAUCAGGUAACGUGCACAUGUGCAACCAUAAAUGACAUUGCAGUUCAGUUGUUUAUGAGACGAAGGUGCUUGCUGGUACAUUGCAAAUAGCAGAACUCUCUACUUUGUUGCACAUACGUAUUUGUGUGUUAAUUCACAAAAUUGAAUUUAUAAAAAAGAUAAGAUCUGUUGUUUGACCUCACAUAGCUUCCCUGCCUAACCAUAACAAACUGUGAUUCACGCUUCCUGCAUUUUGUGCCUGUCAGUACUUGCCAUCCCAGAUCAACAUGUUAGACACGAAGAACAGUAAUGGCAGUUAGAGUGCUUUUUCAUAACUUUCUUCUUCAUGAUAGUUCAGCAGGUCGUGAAAAACCAUGACUCCUCAGGUAGCUGUUUGCCGGUACUUAUGUUUCUUACCAAGGGACUCUUUUAGGUAUGAGAUUCGCAAGCAACUUGCUUUUUAACUACUUUUCUGACCUAAGUGCUGACCUGGAACUACAAUUUAGUUCAACUUUGUCAUGGCAGCUGUGAAUUUAUCAACAAUGAAAUGAAGGAUAACCUAUUCACUCUAGUGAUUUUUAUUUUAUUUUAUGUACAAUAUGUGGAUCUGUGCACAUUGAUAUAUACUUGUGUGAAUUUGUCUGCCACAUUAACAACUUUAAACCACUACUGGUGCGUGACUGCCUCCCAGUGGACUGGGCAAUGCUGUUUUGUGCUACAGCACCAAGUGCCAUGAAAUUGUGCAUUCUUCUGUCAACAUUUCAACAUUUUUAAAAUAAAUUUGCCUUGUUUUUUUUUUGUUUUUUACUACCCUUGAGUAAUUCAUUUCUUUGAUUUUCCCCAACUCCAUUGUCUCCCACAGAACACCAGCAAGUAAACAGUUUGUCAAGUUAAAGGAA